AUGGCCCUAAGAGGUAAUAACGCAAUCAAAGCUUUUGACAGGGAAAUAUGUGUAAAACUAAUAGAAGCACAAGAAAUACAAGUAAAUUUGGAAAAACAGAAUAUUGAGAUAAAAUAUCAAGUAAAGAUUCAGUAUCCACCACUCAAAAUCAGUGAUGAUUCAAGCUUCAGAUUUUACUUAGAAAUCAAGAAAAAGGAAAUCGACUUCACUAUGUAUCCUCUCUGCAUAGUAGUUAUCAGUGAUACUAGCCAGAUACAGACAAUUCUUCCAGAUGCAUCAGCAAGUCAGUAUACAAAACUUCUUGCAAUUGAUACAAUAGACUGUAACGAUGAUCAAAAUCAAGAAUCAGUAUCAGAUCCACUACAAGAUAUAGAUCUGACAGUUGGAAAAACUUUCAAAGAUAAAGCUACUCUUCAAGCAUGCUUACGACUUCAUGCAAUCAAUAAUCACUACCAACAAAAGACAGUUAAAUCAUGCCAAAAGAACAUUUUUGUAAAAUGUAUCGAUGAUACAUGUCAAUGGUAUCUGAAAGCGUCAAUUAAUGUGCACACAAAACAGUUCAUCAUUCACAAACAAGGCAUGAACCACACAUGCCCGAUAGAGACCAGAUUCAGCAAUCAAAAACAAGCAUCAGCAUCACACAUAGCGGCAUCCAUCAAAAUGAAGUAUCUCAAUGUCAAAGCAACAUACACACCAGUAGAUAUAAGGAAUGAUAUGCAGACUUUACAUGGAGUCAAGAUCAGUUAUAUGAUGGCUUGGAGAUCAAGAGAAUUGGCAUUUGAAAUGUUAAGAGGAAAGCCUUGUGAAUCUUACAAAUCGCUGCCUACUUUUUUAUAUAUGCUUGGAACUAGAAACCCAGGAUCUAGCAUAGACAUACAAUUGAGAGAUGACAGCACAUUUUUGUAUGUAUUUACAGCAUUAAAAGCUUCAAUUACAGGAUGGCAGUAUUGCAAACCAGUAAUUGUAGUUGAUGCUACAUUCUUGAAGGCAACAUUUGGUGGCACACUUCUUGUUGCAACAGCUCAAGAUGCAGCUGGAAAGCUAUUUCCUCUAGCAUUUUCUGCUGUGGAUUCAGAAAAUUAUGACUCAUGGCAUUAUUUUUUCACUAAAAUAAAACUGGCCUUUGGAACAAGAGAAGGUAUCUGCAUUGUAUCAGAUAGACAUCUCAGCAUAGAGUCAGCUAUUAAAAGGAUUUAUCCUGAAGCUACUCAUGGUGUAUGCAUGUUUCACCUUCUCAAUAACCUCAAGACAAAUUUCAAGAGAAAUGCCAAGAAACUUAAAGAACCUUUCUUUGCAGCAGCAAGAGCAUACACCGAGGUUGAAUUUGACUACCAUAUGAAAGUGUUGGAUAGCUUAGAUGCUCGAGUAAGACCAUUUCUUCAACAAAUCAAAUAUGAAAGGUGGUCAAGGGUACAUUCUCUCAAAAACAGGUAUAAAACUAUGACAUCUAAUUUAGCUGAAUCAUUAAACGCAACAAUACUACAUGCAAGAGAACUGCCGAUCACAGCCUUAUUUAUGCACCUACAUGACCUCCAACAAGAGUACUCAUACAAACACAGAAAAAUUGCUAUCGAUACAGUCACAACACUUUCAACCAUCCAUGAAGAUAUACUUCUGCAAAAUUACAUUAAUUCACUGAAACUACAGGUGAAACCAUCUUCAGAUGAUAUCAUAACAGUUCUCGAGAAUGGUAAAAAGUACACAGUCAACAUGGUCGAGAGAACAUGUACAUGCAAAAAGUUUGAUAUCAAUGAAAUUCCUUGUAAACAUGCCAUAGCAUUUCUAGCCGACAAGAAGAUUGAACCUUAUGCGUACUGCUCAAGAUACUAUACAAAUGCAGCUAUGUUAGCGACAUAUUCGGAAACUGUAUAUCCAUUGGAGAAGGAAGAAGAAUGGAUUAUUCCAGAACAUAUCAAGAACAUGAUUGUCAAACCAUCCCAACAUAGAAUACGAACUGGAAGGCCUAAAAAGGGUAGGUACCAGUCAAAGUGGGAAAAUCCGAAAAACGAUCCGAAUCAAGGGCAAUGUGGAAAAUGCGGACACGCUGGACAUAAUAGGAAGACAUGCCGAAACAGGCCAAAAGAUACCUAG